AGCCGUCUCUAGUUGAGGCCUAGGCCGUCAGGAUCGGUAAGGUUACAGUAGUGUUGCUGGGAGCGGAAAAGGAGAGUCAGAGUGGGAGAUAGGAGGUAACUAUGAUAAAUAUUAUCCACUUGGUGCGAGAUCACUGGGGUGUUGCAUUGUUUCCCAUAGGAUUUAUGGUGGGAUGGUACUUUGACAACAGAAAUGAUGAAAAGCUGGCAAUAUUCAGAAACAAGAGCAAGUUAUUUCAAAGGGAAUUGAAACCUGAUGAAGAUACUGUAUGGAAAUAAUGUGUCAAGUGAGAGCUGUUUCCCUAGUUUCCUCGCUCCAUGAUGAAAACAGAAUCUAGUAUUCCCUUUGUUCAAAAUUUGAUUCCUAAAAAAGUAUGUAGCCUAACUAUAUAGGGCAGUUCAGGCAUUCUGUUUGGAGUGAGGGUGAUGGUACUCUGAAGGCUGGUACAGAGUGUUCCUAAGAAACUGCUCAUCUCUCUGAACUUGAUCAGAUACAAGAUUGUUCAUAUAUAUAUUUUAUGCACUUCCUGGAAUUUUUUUUCCCUUGAGAAUUGAUAAGAUCUUCUCUUCCUGCAUUUAAAUAAAAGUACUUUGAAAUAGACUUAAAACACA